AAAUAAGCGAAAGUUGGUUGGAAACGGUGGUGCCAAAAGUAAAGGGGGAAAAACUGAUGGUAGUCUUGGGUCCACAUCGUGGAACUACGGCAGUACUAGAAGCACGAGAUAGGAAAAACAACAAGGUUUUUGUUAGGCUGAUAGCUACAGAUGAAGUUUUGAGUGCUUCUUUUGAUGAUGUUUGCGAAUAUCUUGGAUCUGACGAUGAUUAGCU